AUGGCGAGCCGUCCGUCUAAGCCCGCCAAAGGAGCGAAUCCGGUCGCGGCCGGGGGAGGCUUCGGGGCGAACUUAUCGGCCCGACGGAAGAGUGUUGCCCUGCGGACCGGAAGCUUCGACGAGCAACAGCUUCAGCGCACCGACCGUGAACCGUCACCGGCCAGUGCCAAAGGGUCGUCGCAUCUGGCGGCCCCCGGUGGCACCUCCUCACCGCACUCGCCCAAGUUUUUCCGCACGCAAAGCUUCGGCGACCGGUUGCUCGCCUCGUCGCCCAAGUUUGUAAAGUCGAAAAAGAUUUUCCUCUCCGUCGGACCGAAAUCGUCCUCCUCGACGGCGCUGUUCUAUGCACCGGAGGUGCCGACGGCCAACGUGAAGGGAUCGCCCGCCGGUGGAUCUUCGUUUGGGUCGCGCCGGAAAAACGUCGACGGAUGUACCGCACGGCCUCAGGCACAUAUUGCGGAGCCCACGCCAACCGAGGACGGUGGCCACGAGCCGGCGGACACGCACGAUCCUCUCAUUGCCUUCCGGGACGAGCUGCGGCAGCUGAGGCAGCUUCAGAAGGAACGCUUUCGAUCCCGCAGUAGCAGCAUUUCCGUGGAGCGUUGGAAUGAAAACGCUUCCGGUCAGAGUACUUCCGCUACCGAACUUAUUUCUAGACGAGGUGUCUUUUCUCGACGGCACUAUGGAUCCGUGGAUCAGCUGCCGCAGUCGGAAAUUGAUGGAUUAGAUCCCAACUGUCGCCGGUUUCGGCUGGAAAAUGGGGAAUCGCUAGCGGAAAAGGAUGAGGUUUUCGGGUCGCCCAGCAUCCCCAUUCUGGAGAAUCCGGAACAUCAAACGCGAUGGUACUUUAAGUACUUUUUGGGAAAAUUGCAUCAAAACUAUGUCGGGAUGGAUUCGGAGAAGAGCCCCUACUUCCUCUCGAUCGUGUCGCAGGACUCGGGCAGCAAGUGUAUGCCACUGUACCGCGUGAUGCUGUUCCGGAAACAGGGUGCACAGAAACUCGCCCUUCCGUACAACCCCCAGCAGAAGCUGACGGUGAAGCAGAUCCUGGCCAACUUUGCGCUGAUGGACGCGAGCAAGUCACCGAAGGAGAUCUUCUCCGCCGACAUCCAGAAGGAUCUGCUGCUGCUCGAGGAGCAGGAGGGCUCGGUGAACUUCAAGUUUGGCGUCGUGUACAUGAAGGCAGGCCAAAAGCUGGACGACGAGAUGCUGAGCAAUGAAAGCGGAAGUGAAGAAUUUGACGAUUUCCUGUCCCUCUUGGGCGAAAGAAUACGACUGAAGGACUGGGAGCGGUACCGUGGGGGGCUCGAUGUGAAAGGCGAUAUGACGGGAAAGUACUCCAUCUACACGCUGUACGAGGGUCACGAAAUUAUGUUCCACGUAUCGACACUACUGCCCUUCAGCAGAGAUAAUCGACAGCAGGUCGAACGGAAGCGCCACAUUGGCAAUGAUAUCGUCAACAUCGUGUUCAUCGACGAAGGCUCAUCCGGAGAGGAGACGGAGUUUAUCCCGAACAACGUGAAAAGUCAAUUUACACAUGUUUUCGCUGUCGUGACAAAGCGUGGAACCCGCUACCGGCUGGCCGUCUACUGCGACGAAACGGUUCCACCGUUUGGCCCCACACUUCCCAACCCACCGGAGUUUGAGGAUCCGGCCGUCUUCAGGGACUUUCUGCUGGUGAAGCUGAUCAACGGUGAGAAGGCCACCUUCCAAACGCCAACCUUCGCAAGGAAGCGUGAACGGACGCUGGAAAUGUUGAUAAAGGACCUGUACGAGGAGUAUGUGCACGACAAUAAAAUGAACAUGCUGAACAGAAGAGCCUUCUCGGAGGUCCUGUACGAUGCGCCACGCACGUCGAAGCUAAAGGAGGACGCCCGACAGGUGGAGUUUGUUCGCAUUGGCCAAGCGCUCAAGCUGGAAGCGAUCGUUCGAGGGGACGCUCCGACCAGCAUAGCGUCGGCUGGGACCGUAUUCAAGAGGCCACCCUGGGAGCCUCAGUGCUUCUACCCGACGUUCCAGCCUCGCAACGACCUGGUCGGCGACAGCUGGGGCCAGGACCAGGUGUUUCUCGCCUCGGACGAAGGUACAUAUCUCAUCAAGGAGGACCAAACACACCGGACCGUGUUCGAUCGGACGCUGUGCGUGAAGCAGAUGAACGUGGUCGAGGAUCACGGCAUCAUGCUGGUGCGGGGUGGGUCGGCUGUGCAGAAGGACGGACACCGGAUACACGUGUUCCGGCUGAACGAGUUCACCGACGAUCGGUUGGUGCAGCGGUCACGCGUUGACGUGAAGGAGCGUCGGAUCGAGAAGACACGCGGCUGCCACCUGUACGCGAUCUCGCGGGCCGGCGAAGCGCAUCUACGGAUGGCGGUGGCGGUGGGCAGGAAGCUGCUGAUCUACCAGUGGAAACAUACGGCCGCCUGGACGUCUUGGUGCCCGAACAGUGAUAACGAUACAGUAGAGGGGUUCCUGUUCCUGAAGGAGAUCCACCUGCACGACUCGCCGACGAUUAUGACGAUCCUGGAGGGGUCCUGUCCAAAUGCGGGCCUGCUGAUAUGUGUCGGCUAUCGGCACCACUUUGAGAUCGUGUCGGAGCUGACCGGACACGCGACGAAGUUGCACGAGACGGACACGCUGAAGCGAUCCCAGACGCACCUGGUGGCUGCAUUGGAUCUCUACGAUGGCCAGGAUACGGAGCUUCUGUUGUGUUAUAAUCAUACCUGCCACUUCCAGAAGCUAUCGGAGGAGUGUAACAACAGCACCGAGUUUGACUUCCAGUUCAACACGCCACCGACCUCGGUUGUGUGUGCAUUCCCGUACAUCAUCGCAUUCACCCCCGACACGAUGGAGAUCCGGCUGCUGGUCAACGGAAACCUCGUGCACACGGUCACGAUGGCCGAACUGCAGCUGAUCACGUCCAAGAAGGACAUCUUCUUCGUAACGACCGCCCCCGAGUUCAUUCCCAAAGGUGCCAAACUGCGUGGCCUCGAUGCGGAGGACCACGAGCAGAUGAACCGACCUCGGAUCGAGGAGAGCCGUGUUGCGCCAGAGGAGGAUCCCGCAGCGACCAGCCCUGGCCGAAGUAGACUGAGCUCGGACGAGGAUAACUCGACCGGUGCAUCCCCGGUUGCACCGACGGACGUAGAUCCAGCCGAAUCGGGCAAGGAUCUGACUCCGGCCGGCUCCGGACCGGGACUUGGACUUGUCACACCACAAAUUCAGCGUGCGAAAUCACUGCAAAACCCCAAGUCCGAGUCGGAUACGGUCGGUGUCAAACCGAAGGAGGUUACCCUCUCCGUCGACGACCUCAAGCGGCCGAUUUCGAAAAGUAACUCGUACGGUGAAGCCGGCACAUCUUUCUCCAUACCGACGACCACCUGUAGCAAAGAUCUGGCCAAACACUUCGGUGCCCAACCGUUACCGAACACCAAGGAUCUUUGUCGGCACUUUGGUGAAGCCUCGGUACCUCCCAACUCGCCACGCAACAGUACGAUCGUAAAGGGCACCUCGCCCAGUUCGCCGACACGCAAAUCAUUCAUUCGGCAACCCACGCUCAACCUCGGGAAGUCGCAGACGAACGACGGUGAAACGUCUCCUUCGAACGGCAGCUCGGCCAAUAAACCCCUGCGGGUGUACCGUAUCCCGCUGACGAACCUUACGGGGACACACGUGCAGUCGCACCACUACCACUAUCCCAGCAAUGAUCCCGCCAAAAAACCGACCGCCAUCGCGACCAAGAUGCACCCGAGUGCGGCCAUCGCAGCGGCCGUCGUGACCCGGCCGAGCGAAAGUGCUCAGGAGCGGGUCAGGCAGCUGCAAUCUUCGAACGAGGAGGACGAGGACGCCAUUUCACCGUGCGAUGAGCUGCCGGGGGGGCAUGCGGAAGCGACCGUCCCGGGUGGCGUGCCGGCGGCCAUGAGUAUCUUUGACCAGAUCCAACAGGAUCUUCAGGAGCUCAGCAUGAAGGAUAAGCUCGAAUCGGAGGAGCUUUGUAACUCGGUCUUGACGCAAUUGUAAGACGGUUGUUUCUUGAGGGUGGAAGAGGGAGCUCCUUGUCCAAUUUAUCAGACUGUAACUGUGCACAAUGUGGGAGGACACGGUUGGCUACACGCACAUACAACACUCCAGCAAUUACAUCAUCAUUAGAACUACAUCCCUUUCUCUCGCUGCCACAACUGUGUUGAGUUCUUGCACGUUCGACACGCAAGAAUGCAACGCUGUCUAAUGUAUGAAUUAAUCAAAACAUUAAAAACUAUGCUAAGAAAAUGGUUUCAUCAAACGUUCGCUUUCCGACGGAAAAGGAAGGUUGAUUGUUGAUAGUAGAGAAAACAGCAGUUCGGAAGAGAUGUUGAUAAAGGCAUCUGUGGAACCUGGCGAAUGUCAGCAACUAUCAGCAUCGGGUAAAAUGUUCAAUGACGCAGAAAAAAUAGGAUAGUGAUCGUUAUUUUCUGCCUCGUUCAACGGAUUGUUUGAUGCGGUGGGCAACAACAUUUGUUAGUGUGAAAAAAGGAAUUAUUUUAACAACCGUUACAAAAAUGCUUAGCACUAAGCUACAUUCAUUUUUUUCUAUCAUCUUACACUGCUCACUGCGAGCUUACGUUUUCGACCGUGCACUAAAGCGUAGCGUUAAUGUGACUGAAUCUAGAAAGUUCCUUACGGAUGCCAUGCCUUCUGCACCUGCACUUCAUUGGACCGCAGGUUGCUAAACGGUGGAACACUCUCGAAAUUGCUCCCGGUUCCGAUGUUUCGGCAGCAAACCUGCAUGAAUGGUAGUCCAACCGACGUACGGAUCAAUUCAAUCGAGCCCUUUGAAUUAAUCGUAUUCAUCUUUGGCGGAACAUACGAACCAAGGCGAUUUGAGUGGUACCACAAACACACAGUUAUACAGCUUGAAAUUUCCCUCCUUGGCCACGUGGACGGCCACUCUACGGUUCCACCGGAUAACCUUGUUUCGUUAAGUUAUCAUAACAAGUGCACGAGUUAUUAUUCCUCUCAACUCCGUAGGGUGGAAAAUUUGUUGAUAAAAUGGAUUCCUAUACGAGUCCAAAUCAUUGAAUUGCUUGCGAAGCUCAUAGUAAUUACAUGUCAUUAAACAUGCCGGCAUACAUAGCACAUAUACGAUGUAAGUGUUGAACCAAAAAAUAACAAUGUUAUCCCCUAGAAAAUGGUGCAAACAAUAUAUCAUUCAAAUACACAACCAACAAACUGAAAUGGGGGAGAAGAAACAGGCGUAUAGGUCGCCUGGCGGAAGAUAACAUACAACAUAACAAACUCGUUAACACGAGCAAUAAGAGAAUAUUAAUUUACCAAAGCAAGUAUUUUACAUUCGAACAAGUGUUAAGGUUAUCAAACAAGAUGAAACAAAUAAUGAACUAGUGCUCAUGGAAAACAGGUAGUAAAAACCAAAAUUAGUAAAGCAUAUUAUAUACACGGAAGGAGAUGAAACGCUACAACCCAACAACAGGGAAUUAGGGCAAAGGAUCUGCUGGCAGCAUUGCACUAUUUCGGAACCCCUACCCCCCAUUUCGUAAAGUGAUAGGGAGGUGGUUUCCACCCGGGCCACAUGAGUGCGCGCACGAGGUGGCGCCAAAAUCUCGUUGCUAAAAUCUUCUUCUCGAGAAGCCUUUUUAAAAAAAACAUGAACGUGUUUCCCUGUUUUUCUUGCGCUGUGAACUAACAUUAUUAACAGUAACUGAACCGACCUAAGCGAAUUGACAAAAACUUGUCCCAACACUGUCAAACCGACAAACUGUAUGUGUCCGGUCCGUCGAAUAUUAUUAGAUUCGAAAAACAUAAAGCAAAUAUACAUAUACACCAUUCAAGAAGACAAGGAGUCAAACAACAAAACACAAAAAUCUAUAUAUUAUUGUAUCGCAAACAUAUGUAAGGUAAACCAAAGAGACAGAGAUAAAGAGAGGGAACGCGAGAAAGAGAUGGUGAGAGAAAGGUACAGUAAACGAAUUAUAUUACCGAAUUGUAUUUACUAUUACUAUACUACUAUUAUUUACAAUCGCUAGAGCCUAUAUCCCUUCAGAAACAUGGAUCAUUUUACCGUGACAACAUAGGAAAAUAAAUAAUAAUGAGU